AUGGCCACCACGGUGUUCCCGGGCGUGCGGCUGGUGUCCAUCGGCGAUCAGAAUGGGGAAAUCCAGCGGCACUCGGACCAGCAGCCGCUGAAGCUGGAGAUCAAGACGACGCAGGACAACGCCUUCAUCAGCCUGUACAGCAUUAAGAAAGGUUAUUGUGUCCCACCAACAUUCUCAGAUGGAAGGAAAACCUCUCCUGCUGGUUCCCAGAACAACCAGGAUCCUGUAGACAUAAGAUAUGAGGCUGUCUGUGUAUUUAAAUGUGCAGUGAAUAGGGAAACGGAAUGCAGCCGGGUUGGCAAACAGUCCUUCAUCAUUACAUUGGGAUGUACCAGUGUCCUCCUACAAUUCCCGUCUCAGAAUGAGUUUUACUCCUUUUUUAAUAUUCUGAAAAACUGCAGAGGACACAACAUUGAACGAUCUGUUUUCAGUGACCGGACAGAGGAAUCUUCUGCUGUGCAGUAUUUCCAGUUCUAUGGAUAUUUGUCACAGCAACAGAAUAUGAUGCAAGAUUAUAUACGCACAGGAACCUACCAAAGGGCAAUACUUCAAAACCAUGUAGAUUUUAAAGACAAGGUUGUACUAGAUGUUGGUUGUGGCUCUGGAAUCCUGUCAUUCUUUGCAGUGCAGGCAGGAGCACGGAAAGUGUACGCGGUAGAGGCAAGCACCAUGGCCCAGCAUGCUGAGAUGCUGGUGAAAAGCAACAACCUAGCAGAUCGCAUCCUCAUCAUCCCAGGGAAGGUGGAAGAAGUUAGCAUCCCAGAGCAGGUCGAUAUCAUUAUCUCUGAGCCUAUGGGUUACAUGCUGUUCAAUGAACGCAUGCUGGAGAGCUACCUGCAUGCCAAAAAGUGGUUGAAACCAAAUGGUAACUUAUUUCCAACUCUGGGUGAUGUUCACCUUGCACCCUUCACGGAUGAACAGCUUUACAUGGAGCAGUUUACAAAAGCAAACUUCUGGUAUCAGCCGUCAUUCCACGGUGUGGAUUUAUCAGCCCUGCGGGGCGCUGCUGUAGAUGAAUACUUCAAACAGCCAAUCGUGGACACAUUUGAUAUCCGGAUUCUAAUGGCCAAGUCGGUGAAGUACACAGUGAACUUUCUAGAAGCCGAAGAGAAUGAUUUGCACCGAAUAGAAAUUCCAUUCAAGUUCCAUAUGUUGCAUUCAGGGUUAGUCCAUGGCUUGGCAUUCUGGUUUGACGUGGCCUUCAUCGGAUCUCAGAUGACAGUGUGGCUGUCCACUGCUCCGACAGAACCUCUGACUCAUUGGUACCAAGUUCGCUGUUUGCUUCAGUCACCACUUUUCACCAAGGCUGGUGAUACUCUCUCAGGGACUGUUGUGCUGAAUGCCAAUAAAAGGCAAAGUUAUGACAUAAGUAUUCUAGCCCAGGUAGAUCAGACUGGUUCCAAAUCUAGUAACCUACUCGACCUGAAGAAUCCCUUUUUCAGGUACACGGGUACCACUCCCUCACCGCCACCAGGUUCACAUUAUGUAUCACCAUCAGAGACUAUGUGGAAUACAUCUGCUUCUUACAACCUUAGCUCAGGAUUAGCAGUAUCUGGAGUCCCUACGGCGUAUGAUUUGAGCAAUGUUAUCGCCAGUGGAUCUGCAGUCAGCCACAACAACCUGAUUCCAUUAGCCAACACUGGGAUAGUGAAUCACACUCACUCAAGACUGGGAUCCAUUAUGAGCACAGGAUUUAUACAGGGGUCUUCAAGCGGUGGACAGGGUGGAGUUAUUGCCAGCAGCAGCCAUUAUUCAAUCAACAGUCAAUUCACCAUGGGUGGUCCUGCCAUCUCCAUGGCGUCUCCGAUGUCCAUGAGCACCAACACAAUGCACUAUGGCAGCUAAGAGUUCAUGACACCACAUCUGACCUUUUAGAACUGAUACUUUCAAGAGGAAUAAAAACCAAAUCCAGAUUAAGUUCCCUCCACAAAACAAGUCUAUGAAUUUUCCAAAUUCAUUGUCAAUAGAUUUAGCUAAGCCUGAGCUGAGGGAGUGGGUGUGUGAGAGGGGUGGGUUGGGGUUUUUUUUGGUUUUUACCAUGGAGAUAAAAUGCAGAUUCUUUGAUACCAGACUUGUAAAGUUUUAUAUACGCAAAAAAGGGAGGGUGAAAUGAUUGCUGUCUGAUCUUGCGAUUGGUCUGUAGUCAGUAGAUUUCCUCACUAGUUUGUCUUCUAGAAAUCCUUGCAGACAAAUAAUAGCAUACCUUCCGCUGCAGAUACGACAGUGUGAUGGAGCCAGCUGCUGAUGGGAGGUUUCCCUUCCCUGAUAUGCCUCAACCUUGUUCUCCCUCCAUCACCCCCAAAAUAAAUCACUUGGCAAUUUCAAAUUGACAUCGAUUAUCAGUUGGAAAUUUUAGCGAUUACAAAUAAAGACUUUGGGUAUAAACAGAUUGCAUAUUAUAAAUGUAUUUGGUAUUUACAAAUGGUUUCAUUUAAUUUUUUUGGUUUGUUUUAUGUUUAAGUACCAACAGACUGGUAGCAAUGUUUUCCUAGGUCCUUUUGAAGUGUAUUACGAGUGAGAAGCUUUAAGCUUGCUCUGUGAAGGACUGUUUUGCAGAUCUGGUGUUAGCUGUAGUAAAGGAUGAGGAAUUUUUAUAUAUAUAAAAAUAUUUUUUUAAAUAUAUAAAAAUUCUCCAGUCCUUGAUACCUGUCUUGUUUGCUUUUGUCUGCCUGCCCUGUUUCUUUUCAUUUUGACAAUUCUGCAGGAUCACCUCAAAAGAAAAGCAGCAAUGCAAGUCUUGUCACACCACUGUGCCAUGUGGAGCCGCAGAUACCUGUGUAGCAGCAAAUCUGGUGCUCAACAGUGCCAGGACAGACUAUGAAGAAGCCAUCUCUUCACUGAAUCCAACAUGAAUGUGAUUCCUAUUGCUUUGCAUGCAGACUUUUAUAUUGAAGAGUGAAUGGGGUCCUGUGCCGUGUCCUUGCCUGGCUCUUUCCAGCUAUUUCUCAGUGCUAUUUGUAUCUUGAUUUAUUCUUAGGUUGGAACUACAUAAAUAGUAGGUUGGGUGACCUGUACCAGUGCUAGUGCUAUUGGUGCCAUAUAGGCCUUGAAACGGGUCUGGCAGCUCUUGCAGAAAUUUGUGUGGGUAUAUACAUUAGAAUUUGUUUCCCUACACCUGUGAAGAGAUGCUGCUAAUUUGGGUUUUAAGUAUUCUCUAGCAGUGGGAUACCACAGUUAGGGUACAGGAUUUUGUACUCCACACUCCAGAUAAAUUAAUUUUACUUGCACAAACUCUGAUAAUUAACUUCCAAAUCUUAAGAUUGACGGGAAUGAAACUUCACUUUUCUAUCAGAUGUAGAUGAAAUGACGCUGCUUUAAUGCAUUUUCUGAUUACUUGCAGCAAUAUCCAUAUUUCUAUUGAAAUAGUUGUACAAUUGCUGGCAGCAAUCUCUGAUAGAAAGAAUUUAUUUAAAUUCUGUAGACUGUGUAAAUUCUCUAGAUGUCUUGUCAUACAAGGCAUUUUGUAUGCAUAGAGGAGACUAUUUAAACCGACCUGGCUCCUUUCCAAAAUCUUGUGCCCUGGCUCAGUUUGGCUGCCUUCGUUUUUCAUGUCUCCAUUUAAUGCAGUUAUGCAGAGUACAUCAGCAGGACAAACCUUGGAACGAUUGGGAUGGAUAGGAAGAAGUACUUGUAUCCCUGUGCAAGUCAGCAACGUUGCUGUAUACAUUGGUUUCCUAUUUGAUAUAUAGUGACGUGAAAUGUUGAGGAUCAGGGUAGAAUUGGUAUGAACGGGUCAGUUACACCUUAGUGAUGUGUGUGUGUAUGUUAGAGAAACUUAACCUCUGCAAUAAAAUCUCAUCACCUAUUUUGUAUGAUGCAAGAAUUGAAGUGAACUGGUAGGUGCUCCUUCACCUGCAUUUCUGGUAUGAAUCUGAUAGAUGUUUAACCAAGAGCCCUUCACAAAUGCAUCACAAAGUGAAUUCAUUUGUAUCACAUGGCAAUUUCAGGCCUGUUUAUAGCAGGCAUCUGCAGCUUGUGAAAGAAGCUUUUUGAGAUUCCAGCUUCACUCUUCAGGUGACCUGAUUGUUUACAAGGGUGAAUGAUUAAAUGUUACUUGGGUAAAGUAACUUGUAAACUGUGUUGGUAGAUCAGUUUAUAUUCAACACGUAAUUGGACAUGCACAGAAAUCUUGUUAAUGGGGCCCCAGGUAACCACCAAAUGUGCAUCUAAUGCUUGAAAAUUCUGGGCUUCUUGCACUGUUACAAUAAUCUUUGGGGAAUUUGGGCAUUUGGGGAGAAUUUAGAAGUAGAACCAAGUUCCCUGUAUUGUACAAUAACCCCAGAUUAUUGUGUGUUCUUCAACUACUUCAGUUUUUGGAAUAGGGUGUUAACUAUUUGGAAUCUGGAGAGACCUGGGUCUCUUGUUUUCAUCUAGCUGUGCAUUCCCACAAAUUCCCAUUUGAUUCUGAGACUGGCAUGGAGUAAUUUAUUUUGAAGGUUGUCACGGAAGGUCAUUUGAACUGGUGAUGAACCCCUCUCUGUAACCAUCUCCCUCCUGUCCUUUUAAUCACAACAAGCUUGGCACAAUUACUUCUGGAAAUGGUCGCCAAACAUAAGUAAAUAAAAGUAGUUUUUGCUGAGUCCCUGUUAUGUUAAAUCAAAGCAGCAUAAAAAUGGUGUUGGUCCAUUUUCCUAUUCCCUCUUGCGUGGAUGUCAACUCUCUCUGAUUUUUCUGCACAUACCAAUGAUAGGGACAACUUUCAAUCACCAGUUUACCACCAGAGAGUCUUUGACAGGAAACUAAAACACCUGAGGGGGAACCCAUUUGGUCACAGAAAGAACAAUCUGAGUUAAAGAUCAAACCUGGUUCCCCAGAGCUGAGCCCGCAGCACCACUACCUACUGUCUCAAUUUAAAUUACAAUCAGACGUGUUAAUUUGCUGCUGUAAUAUUAGCUGUUUGCCCAACACUGCUCACUUUAGUUUCAGCCCCCAUCUAACCUGCCUCCUUUGCCAUCCCUAACUCUUACUUACACCAGUCUAGUUUUCCCUUUGGUUGUGGGGGGCAGGGGAGGAAUGGUGGAGAAGUAGUUUAUAAUUUGGUAUUAUCUGAAAAUACCGUUCAUUGUGUACACUUGCAUGUAAGACUUCUUACCCACUUCUCCCAUGCCUUUCAGUCCAGACAGAAUCUGAGCCGUGUGACUUUUCUGUCAUGCCCUAAGACAUCAGCUACUGAUGAGGAUUUUAGUUUUUAAUACAGAAUGUUCGCAUUCCUGAUGUCACUCCACACAGUUACUGAAUCAUGUGAGGGAAAAAAUGGCAUUUGGCUAAUGAAUCUUCAAGUACCAUCCAGUAAAAUCAUUGAGUAUCAUUGACUUGCUGCUUGUGCACGUUGGCACAUCUCCAGCCCAAAGUGGCCAGAAUUGUAGUUAUGAACACGAGUAUAGGAGUGUAUGUGCCUAUGAAUCUGAUGGGAAACCAGUGGCUCUAGUUUUUAUGGUGUGUGAUGUUUAAGUUGCCACCACACUUCGCCAUGAAAUUAUUUGCAGCUUUAUCCUGGGAUUUUGCUUUUGGUUAAAUCCCCCAUUUGACCUUGUGGCCUAGGAUGAUUGUGUACAGGUAGAUGGCUUUAGAAUACACAAUGCUGAAUAUUUCUACUCCACCACAAACCUUUAUUUGUCCAUCAUGUUUGCUUGGCUUAAACAUCAAACAGUAUUGCAGUGUUGCUUGUGAUGGGCUAAGUGUAUUUACUUGGCUGUGUUUUCAGCUUUUAAUGCUGCCACCAAGAGGGAGAAAGUAAGUUUCUGUUCAGACGUACCUGGAAGGUAUAUUGGCACAUAACAUGGAUUCAGAAAGCUGUCCAAUGCUUGUGAUUGGAGCCCUUCAUUUGUUGUGAAACCCCUGGGCUCUGUGGGCACAAAUGAGUUGACUGUGCGCAGCUGAAAGAACACUUGCCGGGUGUUACCAGGUUUAUUGGAGUGACCGAUAUUUGCUGAAUAUUGGUGCAACGUGUGCAGCCAGUAUUUUACAAAGAGUGCGCACUCUUGCACCAGUAUUCCUAUGUCAGUGUGAUCCCUAAUUGAGUAUUAUAGAGCAGGCAAUGACUUCAACUUUAGCCUCAUUCUCCUCAAUUAGGCAGCUUUUGUAGAAUAUUUCUACAGUAAAAAGGAUUAAAAAUAAUAGAAUGGGUAAGGUUUAAUGUGAUAAAUUAUCACGAGUGGCUGACAGCAAGGAUAAUUGAUCCACGAUUAGAUGGGCAGGCAGCAGAGUGUAACUGGUGAAACUGGAAUGGAACAGUUCAGAGUUACUAAUGAGGAUCCCAUUUGAAAGUUUGGGAUUAUUCUCGUGUAAGUGGUCUUUUUUAUUUUUAGUAGUCUUUGUACUGGGGUUGCAGGUACAUGAGGUGUGAACAAAUAUCUUGUGGGUCGUCACUCAUCUGAUGAACAGAGAAGUGAGAAUGACCUUGUAAAUGUUUUCCCUGCAUGACUGGUACAAAACAUCAGGAUGAAUGUUUCUCCAUCUGUUCUUAAAAUCUCUUACUUUACAAAUGAGGGUCAAUGUUGACCCUGAACUAUAUUCUAGUUAACCCAUUUACAGCUAUCCUGAUCCAACCCUUGCUAGAGGAUUUUACCAUUUUGUAGUUUAGUGUCUUAGCGUAAUCUAGAAAUGUUUAUGUAGAAUGGAUAGAUCUUUGUUCAUCUGUGUUGUGUGUAGAUUUUAUUACAGCGACAUGAGAUUGAUAGACUGUCAGAAAAUCAUAAUCCUGUAAUACAUGAAUUAUCAAAUAAAAC